GUCGCUUCGCAUCUUCUGCCGCAGGCGAAGCUCUUACGCUCGCCCGCUCUAGACCGUGACAUCGCUGUUAGUCGCAGGUGGACUCUCUGGUAUAUUACACACAAAGAGGGUUUAUGAUACCAAAGGGAUUAUUGCGGCCAUCGUCGACCGGAUAGCGAAUCGUUCUGUUGAUAGCUCUUGUCAAGGCUCCAUUGUCGCUUUCCGACUUGCCCGUUUGUGUUGUGGUCCCGUAUAAUGUCUACCGCUGUUGCGCAAGCUCCGGCCGCGCCGCUACCAUCUCCCCGCAUGAAUAGAGACUCCAGUCCCCGCCGGCUGGCACCAGCAAACUCCAGUCAACCCAGCUCUACACCACCACGCGCAGCUCUUGGUUCUCGAGAUGGAUCCUCUAAUAAAAGUUCGCCCGCUGGAAAGAAAGUUACCUCCCCAGCUUCACAGAGUGGAAAACCCCCAAAAGUGGUAGUGAAGAAGGAGCCGCCCUCGUCGCCCGGACUGCAGACCAGUACCCGUCCUCGACCCCGAAAACUGGAUCUUUCCACUAGCCUUCCAAGCUCAGAAAGGCUAUCAGCCCGCCCCGCAGGUGGUCCUAUGACAGCUCGUGAUGUUAGUAUGCAAGAUGUGGGACUUGCUUGCCUAUCCCCCGGCUUUCAGACCCACGACCCGGUCAUGCGAGAACAGCUACAAAGGAGUUUGUCCGUUCGAGACCAACAACGACAUAUAAUCGAAGCCAGACUCCAGAAGUCGGCUAAGGAUGAUGGUCCGGAAGGCGUGAAACCAUCCGAAUCCAACACAUUUAGUCUGCCAAAGGCUACUUCUUCGAAGAGGCGGCCUCCUCCUGGGCUGUCAAUUGUACCUCCGACGGCUGCGCAGUUCGCCAACGAGCGUGUAAUCCAGUCCGCGCCGCUUAACCAAACAUUUACGGGUCGACACCAACCGCAGCCGUUGACACGCCACGUCGUCAAUCAGAGCCCAACGCUGGGUUCCACUUCACAUAUCCACCAUGUGCCCGCGACGCAGACCAGCAACCGCCUUCCGCCUCUCUCAGAUGUUUUUGGAUCCGAUGCCUUGGCGGCCUCCAGAGACCGUGACGCAAACCGCACUCCCUAUCAGCAGAACAACUUACCUCCCAUGCCAUCGCCCAGAAUUCCAGGAAGUUCACAGCAGACUAACAGACCCCGCGAGUAUCGCUCUGCUGAGGAGGCGGUUCAAGAUAUGUCAGGUGGACGUGAAGACCUACUGCCGCGUAUCGUGCAUUACGGUGGACACCAACCUCCCACACCACCGUCUCCGCGUGCCACCAACGGUCCGAAGUCUGCCGUGCCUCAUCUUGAGACAACAUCAAUGGCUAGCGCACAGGCUACACACCACCCAGCGCCGCAUGCGGCUGAAGGAACCGCUCGCCGUCGCACCAGAAGUGAAUAUGAAAGGGAUAACGGUAGCCCUCCUUUAGGUUAUGGGCCUGACUCUCAUUACAGACCUAAUCCGGCAUUGGGACAUGGAUCAAAUGCUGCAUACGGGCCAUUUGGAGCUGGAAGAGACUCGCCAGAGACGCAGCGGAGAAAGAAGGAGGAGUUUUUGGGCUUAUGCGCACGUGCCUGGGAUCUAUUCCACUCCUGA